GGUGACGUCACGCUCUCCAUCCCGCCUACCUCCGCUGCCGCCUCCAUCGCCUCCUCGUUCACUUCACUUUGAAUUCUCCCCCAACACCGGCGGAGCCAUGAGGGACGUGACCGCCUUCCUCAAGCAGCAGCAGUGCAAGAGCGCCCCGGAGCUCGCGGCCGAGUGGCAGAGGCUGGAGGAGCUCUACAACAAGAAACUGUGGCAUCAACUCACACUGCACAUUACCACGUUUGUGCAGCAUCCCAGUUUUGCUGAAGGCGAUGGCUUACUCAAGAUGUAUGAAAACUUUCUCUGUGACUUUGAACACAGAGUAAACCCACUGUCCUUGGUGGAGAUCAUACUGCACAUCAUCAAGCAGAUCACUGAUCCAAACGAAGCUCUACAGUUUUUGGAAAAGACAAAGGAAAAGGUGAAAGGCAAUGAUGAGGCUGUCAUCCUAUGCAAGACGUCCAUCGGGGUGCUCAAGAUGCAGCAGAACGAACUGCAGGACACCAAGAAACUGGUGGAGGAGGUGGGGGAGACCCUGGACAGCCUGCCCGGCGUGACGAGUGUGCACAGCCGCUUCUACGACCUGUCAAGCCGCUACUACCAGCUGAUGGGCGACCACGCCUCCUACUACAAGGACGCCCUGCGCUACCUCGGUUGCAUCGACAUCAAGGACAUUCUUGUGACAGAGCAGCAGGAGAGGGCAUUCACUCUCGGCCUGGCCGGGCUGCUCGGGGAGGGAGUGUACAAUUUCGGGGAAUUGCUCAUGCACCCGGUGCUUGAGUCGGUCCGCAAGACGGACAAGCAGUGGCUCAUCGACACGCUGUACGCCUUCAACAGCGGCAACGUGGAGGAGUUCCAGGCACUGAAGCCCAAGUGGGGCACACAGCCUGACCUCGCUGCCAACGAGUCCAAGCUGCUGAAGAAGAUACAGCUGCUCUGCAUCAUGGAGAUGACGUUCACACGGCCGGCCAACAACCGGCAGCUCACGUUCCAGGAAAUCUCCACCAAGGCGAAACUCCCGGUCAACGAGGUGGAGCUGCUGGUGAUGAAAGCCCUGUCGGCCGGCCUGGCCAAGGGCAGCAUUGACGAGGUGGACAAGAAGGUGCACAUGAACUGGGUGCAGCCGCGCGUGCUCAACCUGCAGCAGAUCGCAGGGAUGAAGGAGAGGCUGGACUCGUGGUGCGACAACGUGAAGAACAUGGCUGUGCUGGUGGAGGACCGGGCCCACGACAUCCUCACCUGAGGCUUCCCCCCCCACCCCCCGCGUAAAACACGACGCGACCGUCGCCACAAAACGGCCCGUCACGGUCCACGCGCACACACAUGCACACACAUGCACGCACACACACACACCGUGCGUUACCGAGGGGCGACGGGAAAAUCUGUGACCCGACGCGCACACACAUGCACGCACACACACACACCGUGCGUUACCGAGGGGCGACGGGAAAAUCUGUGACCCGACGCGGUGGCACGAGUAACCUGCACGAAGCUUUGAUAUUUUACUUACGUGGGUCAGCUUGAAGUGCAUAAUUCACGUUGUUCAAACCACAACACACACGUCACAAAUUAGCUCUUCCCUACAAGCGAUUAUUUAAUUGGCAACAUAUGGGAGGCACUGGGAGCCAGGUCUGGGUAAGAGGAUUCCCCCUAUUUUCCUAAUCUUUUCUUAAAUCUUGAUGCAUUUAGCAGAUUUAUCCACUAUAAGCAAACACAAUGUUGUCAAAUUCAUCUCCAGCUAUAACAUUUGGUAUUUCUCAAAAUAACGUGCUCCAGACCAUUCACUUUAUGCAGUAAAACCUCCUGUUGUAACCCCACAACUGUUUCCAUCGCCCCUCACGAGAGGACUUGAAUGUGCUGCGUAAUCCACAGCUACACCAGAUGGUCGAACUCAAUUGCCAAUCGUGUAGGAGACCUCGUUACCCCACCCCCUAUUCAAGUUUACCGGCGAACACAUUUUUUCAACGUCAGUCCCUGAGAGAAAGUGUGGUAAGGAGUUGUAUGUUCGCGUGCGAUGACACAAGGAUUGCCACUGUGCAAAUUGCGUUUUGACUUGUUUUUCAACCGAUGGAUACCGAGUAAACGUUAUUUCAUACGG